UAGUCGUCUCCGUCUAUAAAGGCCCCCGCUCUUCACGUCCUUCCCUAUCAUCGAGUUCGACCCCUCAGACGGAGCCUAGCAAUCCAGAACUCCUCGAACUAGCAUCCGCCUCAGCUACUUCCCUCAGACUCAUUACAAUGUCGGCCUCCACUUCUUCGUCCUCCCAUGCCGUUUACGGAUACUGGAUGAAAUCCGAGACUCAGGACCAGAUUCGCGACAACGAUGUCCUUGUGACUGCGGUACGGGAGGCAUCUGCCCCCGAAGCCACGCUUGCUGCCCCUGCACCCGCGCAUGUAACCUCAUCUGCGCGUUCGCACCCUCAGGACCAAGAACUCGACGGCACUGAUGCCGUGGAUGACUUCUUUGGCCUCACCCGCACGACACGUCCUCGCCCGCUGUCUAGCACGAGCGACCUUCCCCCGCCGUACCCCAUCCAGGGAGACCUUCCCGCAUACUCCCCCGAGGAACAGCACGAGCCCGUCACGCUCGCCAUGCACCUCUUCAAAUACGGCUUCCUCUUCCCUCCGUUCUGGAUCAUUGGCACCAUCGUGCUCUUCUGCUCCCUAAACGCCCCUGCCGACUGGCACCCCGAGAAGACGGACCUCGCGCGCCAGCAGCUCUUGACCGAUAUUCGCGUUGUGGAAAGGCGAUGGGCCAAGCGCUGCGCGUACGCUCUCGUCGCGCUUACCCUCUUUGUGGUGGUCGCCGUGGUCAUCGCCCUCGCCGUCCUCAAGUGGUCUUCAUGAAGACAUCCCUUUCUCCAACCCUAGUGCCCGCAAUGACGCCCACACAAACCCAUUCGACUGCAACGUCGCAACGCCAGAGGAGCUCGGCUCUCCCUCGAGCGUCUGCUUACGCCAUACCUUCAUUCAUUCUUCGACAUCUCUGGUACGACAAACGACUGGAUCGAUGCCCCCCAUUCAAGCAACUCUUACUCUCGACUGUAGCGAUAACACCCAUGCCUGAUCGAUGAUUUCCC